UGUUUUCUGGUGGGCCUUGAUUUUUGGUAUUUGCCUUUUUCUUCCAUUUUCUUAACUCAUCUUCUUAUUAAUUUUGGAUCGGAACAAAGGGAGUGCUUAAAAGACGAAAAAUCCAGUUUUAGGAGCUGCAGGAAAGAUUAUAUCGUGAACAUAUAUUUUGUGAUAGAAUAAAAAGCAGUACCUUGGAGAUACCGGUGUAUUGAUCUGGUUAGGAAAGGUGCAGACACAAUAAAAAAUGAAGACUUGUUAUUUAAGGUUUUCAUAGUAAGUAUCAUGAACAAUACCAAAGGGAAAAAUUAAAAUUUAUAAUUUAGCAAGAAAUCUCAACCAUGGAUUAGAAGAUACUUUCAUAUAUUGUGUACAUUUAAACCAGAAGGGGGAGCUUUGGCGCAACAGUAAGAGUUGACACGAUGUGGCCUAGACGUAAAUGGGUUCAAUAGUGGAGAUAAUUUCUUGUAGAAAUGCAAGGAAGCUUGAAGGGAGAAAAAUGAAUUGGGUUCAACGGAAAAUCUAUCUCUACAAUGUCACUUUUGGUUUGUACAUGCUCGACUGGUGGGAACGUUGUCUCUUCAAUAUUUUGGUGCUUGUGUUGCUAUGGUUUAUGUGUUACAACGGGUUUCGAUUUGCUUUCGAACUCUUCAAUAGGUUCAUGCUUCAUUUGUCUUAAUUACUUGCAAUUAGUUUAUUUUUUUCCACAAAAAUGAUUAAAUAUUAUGAAAUCUAGAACAUGUGUGUUUAAUUCCAAAAGUGUGUUGAUGGAGAUUGGAUGUAGAAAUGGAGUGACAAAUGGGAUUAGUAAAUCAUUAAAGCAAACUGAUUGUGUUUUUGCAGUUUAAAUCUUUAUUUUGAAAAAUAAAUUAUAGUGAAACUUGCAUAAUGAUAUUUAGUUAUUGCCCGAGCACUGAAUUUGCAUAGUGGUAUCCAGGUAGGUGAUUUUGUAGUCUAUACCGUCGAAUCUCAAUGAAUGUAGUGGAAGGAUUUGGCUAUAGUUUUAUGAAUAUGAGUAUUAAUUACGGGUGAGAAAUUUUCUUUAUAAUCUGGUUUAACAGUAGGAAUUGACUGUAAUUGUCACUUGACUUAAUACCAGGGUGUCUGACAAAUUUGUUUUAUAUUGAUAGAUUGGCGAUCAGGUAAAAAAAAACCCAUGUCAUUGGUCAAUCUAACAAUUCAUAUUUCGUAAUGUUGUAUAACUAUUUGGUCAUAGACUUUCUAUUUGGCACCUUGGGGAAUUCAUCAGAUCGUAAAAAGAUGCAUUUUUUCUGUUCUGAUCACCUAACUAUGAAUCUUACAAGAUAAUAGCUAGGUUCUUGUAGUGAUUUUGGUUCAGAGUAGAUGGAUAAUUGCUCUCACAAAAGUUGUGACUACCAGUAGCUUACCAUCCCCGACAGCAGAAAAGAAAAGUAAAAGCUUUAAAGAAGCAUUGAAUGCACCUAAAGGUGUGGGCCUAGUGGUCAAUAAAGUGGGAGGAGAAUCAUAAGGUCUCAGGUUCAAAUCCCAAGUGAAAUGCAACUGAAUAUACAUAUAUUAGUCAAAAUGAAUUUGCUGGAAAAAAUAGUCAAGUCAGAGUAGCAAAGUCAUGACAUCUAAAUGAACCAAUGUCAUGAACACUACAUUUGGGAUUUGGCAACCUGUUGUUCUUCAAAUUUAUGCCAAUUCUCCAUUGGCCACCAUUGUCUAUAAAGCUACACCCAAGUUCUGAUAUUUCUCUUGUUUCCUGAUUUAGUUGAUAUGAUUUAAGGUAGAUUCAAGUUAUUUUGUGAUAACUUUUAUUUGUACUACCUUGUUAAUAGAUGCAGGUUAUUUUUGUAGUAACUUGUCAUAAGGGGCCUAACUUUCUUUUUUGAUGAAGUAAGUCGUUGCAUUGCUGGCAUCAAGAAGAUGCAAUGGUUACAAAGGAAGUAUUGUUAGAUCCAGUACAUUUUUCAAUGCUAGGACAGAGAACUAACAAAAGCAAACAAGAAGGGACAGUGUCUGGACAAAAAAUGAGAUUUUGCUAAUAUAGUGAAACUGUUAGCUCCAAAUAUCAAAAGAAACUAAUCUAUGUGCAGGAAGCUAACAAAGUCCAGAAAUUAUUCAGGAAUAUUCACAGGGGAAAGUUUAACUAAAGAGAAGUAGGACACAUUUAGCCUUGAGAGAGUGAUUUAGAGUUGCUACACCAUUAAAACAUCUGUGAUUCCUUUCUGUCUAUGCUAUCCAAAAAAUGCUGGCUGGUAUCAUAGUCUUUCUGAUGGCUUUAUCAACUUUCCAUGAGCUCCAAGAUUCAACUUCUCCGACCCAUUUAAGUCCAAAAGUAGAAUAAAACAUAUUCCAAAUGUCAUUUGCAACUGUACAGUGGAGCAACAAGUGAUUUGACUCUACUGAUUUUUGGGCAUGUCGCAUCUAUUUGUAAUUUAAAAAUUUCUUAUGACGAGGUUGUCCUGGGUCUAGCAUGCUCCAUGUUAGUCCUAGCCAGUUGUAGUAAGCUAUCUUCAUUGGUAACUUUGUCCUCCAAAUUAGUUACCAUUGUAUGAUUAUUCUGUGAGAAUUCCUUCCAUAGUUUGCUUAUAGUUUUCCGUAGACAUACCCCUUGGUAUACCAGUGAUUAUAGGUUCCAUGCUUUGCUUUAACCACUUCCUUCCAGAUACAUCCUGGCUAUACCUCCAUAGCCAUGUCCUUGCCAUGCAUUUGUCAUGAAUGGCAAGGUCUCUUAUUCCCAGACCCUCUCGAGAUAUUAGUUGAGUGACUUUGGUCCAUUUCACCAAGUGGACUUUAGGAGAACUACUAUUACCUAUUGGUCCUACCCAGAGAAAAUUCCUCCUAAUCUUGUCCAGUUGCUUGAGAACCUUAUCUGGUAUAGGAAUAGAGACAUGUAAUAAGUGGUGAUCUUUCCACAGAACACUGUUGACUAGUGUAAGUCUACCUUCCACAGAGAUACUGUAUUUGCCACGGUGCAAGCCUUUACUCAAAAUUUUCAUACUUUAUCCAAAUUCCAAUAGCUCUGAACUUAGCACCCAAUGGAAGCCCUAAGUAGGUAGUUGGGAAAAUAGCAGUACUGAAAUACAAAAGAUCUACUAGUUCAGACAAGUUUGGCACUGAAUUAAGGGGUCGUUUGGUAGCGUGUAUUAGCAAAAAUAAUACAUGCAUUAGCUUUGUGUAUUAGUAGUACCUUGUUUGGUACACUUUUUCAUGUUGUGUAUAACUAAGAGUGGCAAUAUCAGUCCGUUUAAGUAAAAUGAAUCCAUUUAGCCCAUAUUUAUUAAAUGGAUCACUCAUAUUUUUUAAAUGGGUAAAUAUGGAUUGACCAUUUCAAAAGCUCAUACAAAUAUGGACAGUAAAAUAUGGGUAUUUAUAUAGAGCCUUAGAUCACCCACUUAUAAUAAAAAUUUCUAAUUGCACAAAAAAUAUAUUAUUUUUUUUUUAAAAAAAGGAAAACUGGGGUGGAUGAGGGU